AUGGAGCAACAAGAAGAAGAGAACGGAAGACAAUCUUCACCGACACAGGUUUCAAACUCAAUUUUGUCUUUACCUAUCGAUCUAACCUCAGAGAUACUCUUAAAGCUGUCUGCAAAAUCUAUUGCGAGAUCUCGUUUCGUAUCGAAGCUCUGGUCAUCAAUCACCACAGAUUCACAUUUCAUCAAGUCGUUUGCAACUAGGUCCUUACUGCUAAAGCCAAGUAUUCUACUCGUCUUGAAAAAAACAGACAAGUUGUUUGUCUUCACGUUUCGGCAACACCAUCAGAAUUCCAAGUCAUAUUCUUAUGAGCCUUUGGAUAGUUAUCAGAUAGAAUGCCCUAAAUCCUUUUGCUUCUCAUUCACGGAAUCUGUCCAUGGCUUUCUCUGCUUUACUAAAUCAGCAAGACCUACAGUUUGGAACCCUACCGUGAGACGGUUUUUAACUUUGCCUAAACCCGAAAUGAGCUGGAAAAAUAUAACAGUGUUUUUAGGAUAUGAUCCAAUCGAGGGUAAACACAAAGUUGUGUGCAUGCCUUGUGAUAAUUUUGGCAACGAGUGUCGGGUUUUAACAUUGGGAUCAGCUAAAUUAUCAUGGAGAAAGAUCAAAACAAACUAUAACCAACUUCCUUUUGCUGGAAAUGAUGCGCGAUGCAUCGAUGGGGUUGUGUAUUAUAAAGCAUGUAUUGAUCAUAUGAAUCAUCGGGUUAUAAUGAGUUUUGAUGUCAAGUCUUUAAAGUUCCAGCCAAUAAGUUUACCAUGGGAGAUACCAUGGGAUACUAGGUCCCAGUUGCUGAUACCUUAUCAAGGAAGAUUAUCAUUUGUUCAUGAAGAGCAUGGGGAAAAUGGUUAUGGUAUUAAAUUGUGGGUUUUGGAGAAGACACGAAAGUGGUCGGAUAAAUCUUUUCUAGUACGUUUCAAGCACUGUGAGACGGGUUUGAAAACAAAACUAAGUGGUGUCACUGAUGCUGGUGAGUUUAUUUAUUUACCAUCCACAAUUCUUAAAUCGUUUAAUGUUUUGUAUUUUCAUCCAGAGAGAAACAGCUUUAGAAAAGUCGUGUUUCAAGGUAUUCCAGAUGACGACUUUCGGAUCAGUAAUCGACUUGGAGACCGUCGUUUUCAUGCGAUCCAAAGUUUCCCAAAUCACAUCGAGAAUCUCUCGUCUCUUUGA